AUGCGCAUCUUUGAGAUGACCGAGAAGGAUGAGAAUGUCGCCCAUAGACCAAGAAGCAAGAGUCCACCCUGGGGAGCCAGCUGGCGAAGCUCGACUUGGUAUAUCACCAUAGUGGUGACUUAUGGAGCGAUGACCGAAGCACUUUGCUAUAUGAUUGGUGUACCAGUCAUUCCAUUCCGACUAGAAGAUCUAGGAUACGAUCAUAUAUCUACCAAAACGUCGUGGUUCCUCUUCUCAUACUGUAUAGCCAUAGCCAUUUCCACCUUGCCCACCGCUCUCUUCCUAGACAGAAAAGCAUGGCAACGCGGCCCUCUGAUUGCCGCCACUUGCGCCAUGCAAUUUGCGCUGCUGCUACUGAUUUUCGUGGACAGAUACGCUGUGAUGAUUUUAGCUCGUACUAUACAGGGAAUAUCCUGCUCUAUCAUCUGGUCAAUCGGAUUCGCUCUAAUUUGCGAAAAUGUCGAGAAGAAGAAUAUAGGUCGUCAACUUGGUUUCGCAUUUUCCGGUAUGAGUAUCGGCAACAUUGUGGGUCCAGCAGCCGGAGGGGGCCUAUACACUACUCUGGGUUGGAAAGCGCCAUGGGUAUUUUGCAUGAUUGUAUGUAGUGUGGAACUGCUCGGAAGAUGGUUAGCAGUCGAACAGAAGGAUCUGAUCAAGUAUCAGAAUGGCUCACUUGAGUCAACGAAGGAAGCGGGAAAUAAUAUUGCAAAUCUGAGCGACGAUCCGGAGUCAAUGGAUAACACACCAUCUGUCGAGCAAGCAGCGAAUGAUGAUCACACGAACCACGACGACCGUAAAAAGGUAUCUUCAUUGCAAGUGGUUAAGAUCCUCUUUACCCUCCAGAGGAGCCUGACAGGUAUCGCUGUGAAUUUCCGUUUGGGUUUGAUUCUCGGUGCCAUCGAUCCGACAUUGACCUUGAGGUUGAGAGAUCAAUGGGGAAAAGACUCUCAUUUCGCAGGAUUCGUCUACCUGGCAACGGCCGUACCUUGCUUGAUCACUUCUCCAUUUGAAGGUUGGCUAGCCGAUAAGAUCGGUGCAGAAUGGAUAUUAUCCCCUGCAGCCAUUCUGUCAGCACCUUUCCCUCUGUUGAUGAUGUUGAGCAAGAGUCUGCCAGGGUUUAUUAUCUGUUUCGUUCUGUUCUUCGUCUUUCUCAAUAGUACCCUUGCGCCUGUUGGGGUAGAAGUCGCUGCAGUAGCAGCCCAAAAUAGCGGAAUAAGCGAACUGCACCAGUUUGCCGCACUGAACUUGGCUUGGUCUGUAUCGGGGGCGGUGGGUACAAUCAUCGGAGGACAGCUAUACGAUCACGUAGGAUGGAAUGCAAUUUGUUGGUUUUCUUUUGCAACUAGUCUUGUUCUGUUGCCAAUGACAAUGGUAUACACCGGUGAGAGACCAUUAUUUUAUCGAAUGAUCUACAGAAAAUCCCAACAAAGUCCCCCAUCAGAAUAA